CUGCAACAGCCUCUCCGAGCAGCAAGUUUCCUCAUCCAACUCUUUACAUUCGUUUACAAAGCUCCCACACUCCUUCCCACAUUUGCAAUGAAGGCCUCCGCCGUCCUCGCAGUCUUCGCGACUGCCCUGCUCAGCAGCGCUACCCCAACGCCAGAAGACAACGGCUCCGAUGGUGGCGUACUCUCAUACGGAGGUGGAUCGGCACCACCACCAGCGCCAGUCCAGUCAUACGGAGGUGGACCACCACCACCACCACCAUACCCAGUCCAGUCAUACGAUGGCGGAUCAGGACCUCCAUUCCCACCUGUCCAUCCCACUUCGGGAUACCCAUGGGGAGGUGCAGGUGGCUCAACUGGCACUGGCGGUGGUUCGCCCCUGCCAUCUACUGGUGGCAACAACAACCCAUGCGGUAACAACCAGGUCGCCUCUUGCUGCAACGGCAACGCAGGAUCUGGCGGUCUUCUCGGACCAAUUCUCGGUGGCAACUGCGGCAUCCUCGGACAGCACCCAUGCAGUCAAGGCGGCAGCGCUUGCUGCACCACUACCCAGAGCGGCCUCAUCAACUUGGCCCUGCCUUGCAAGCUUUUCGACUCUCUGUUGUAAGAAGCGCCUCGCGGACGUCCUACGAACUCGGUGGGCUGGUUUUACGAUGGUGACGAGCAGAUGAGCACCACUUAAGAGGGCGCUGCCAGCUACGGUACACGGAGGCACGCAGUUUUCUUUCUCGAAUCACGGUCUGCAGUUGACAAUAGCGAUGCGCUCCGUUUUGUGGGGCUAAUCAGCGUCGGACUUAUUUACACACGGAGAGGCGCAUUGUAAUUAGUGACAGCUCGGGUCUCGUAAUGAGCAACGCAGUUUGCACGGCAUUGGAAACUUGUUAAUAAACAGAGUCGCAUUUUUCCUAUGAAUCUUCAUUGCACAUAUUCUCAUGUACUCUUCACAGAAUCGACUCUGCGGCGCCUCUCCAAAAA